GAGCCGACGUCAAACACCCCACCACCAAGCACCACUCCCACUUCCACUCCACGUUUUGCAACCAACCAACCAACCAACCAUGAGCACAGCAGAAACUCCCCCCACUUCCGUUUCUGUUCCGGAAGGGUUAUCCGCGCUCCGGGAGGGCCUGAUAAAGCUGAAGCAGGACCGCACGACAUACGUGAAAUCGCACGACGUCGUGAAGUACUACGAUGAGCUCUGUGAGGACAUUUGGAAGAUCUACGACGUGGGGGAAUUCGAGAAGGGUUUUAAGGGCAAGGAGGGAUUAACGGAGGGGCAGACCAUAGGUAUAUAGCCUAUUCUCGCCUCCCGCCCCUCAGCCCGGAUCGGGGCGGUGAUAGUUAAGCUUUCAAUGCCGGCUGACAGGUGAAUGGCCAGAACGCGAGUUGGCAGAAGAUUGCUUCAUGUUGAUUUCACUGUUCUUCCUCACCGUCGGGAGGAAUAAUGAUCCUCCAGCUGUGUACGUGCACCUCGUCGGAUGGUACCAUAUUGACGCACUGAUGGAAUUUGAAGUUAUGCUCCAAGCAUCAUUAUCAAAGUAAGUCAUCUCCAGUUGCAUCCCUCCCGUUCUCCCCCCCCUUCUGUUAUCUAUACAUCUAUGUAUCCAGGCACGUAGACUAACUUUCUUCUUUCCUAUCAAAAAGCGCCUUUUAGAACAUCUCGCCGAGUCCGCCCACUAUUCGCAGAAGGAUCUAGAACCAAUAGAGCAGACACUCAAUAAUAUGCAUGAAAACGUCGAGCAGGGCCGCCCACUUUACAAUCCGUUAAUAAUUGCCAUGCUCCACGUCAAGAUUGUCGCUUGCCAGCAGUCCCUGAAGGUGCUGAAGGCUGCUCUAAGCUCUAUACCGCCAGAAUUAGCUCAUGUGCACCAAAGACUGGUGAGCUUGAGGCGGUGCAUUAGAGCCUGUGAGGCUAAGCCAAAGGUGGGUACUACCAGAGAUCGCUCCAACCAUGGCUAAUUGUUUAUGAUCGGGUUGGCUAGUUCUCUGUAUCAGAGGUCAUGGGCUAUUUGGCGACCAUCAAGGAGAUCGAUACCGCCCGAGUUGGUGGCAAGUUUGUUGCGGAGGAUGGCCCCAUUCCUUCUGGAGGACAGGGCAUCCUCGACGGGCUCCUGCAAACUUGUUAUUCAAUCAUUGAUGAAGCAUUGAAGAGGUUCGAUAUGUUGCGAGUAAUGGAUGGACAGAGGGAUUUUGCUGACGAUACGAGCUUUUCAGGCAGGGGGCUAUCGCACCUAGCCUCAAACCGUUGGCCGAGAAGUUGCUGCAGACGAAGUCCCAAUUGGAGAAACUAGAGUUGACCCAGGCGUGGUCACUGCGGGAAACCGAUCUCUACGACUUCUACAAGUUAGUUACUGAAAUUGAUGAAUCAAGGAGGGGCGGGAAAUUCCUGGAUUCUGAAGGGAACACGCCAGAGGAAGGGCAGACUGUAUGCCAUCAGCUACUCAUUUCAUUAGUUGGGAAUUGUGGUCCUAACAUUGGCAAAUUUAUACCCAGGCUUUGCUUUAUAUGGUUAGACGAUGCUAUGCACAUAUAUACAGCCUCAUCGGCUCGAGCGAGGCAAGUCGCCCCGCCAUAACCACAGGUUAUCUCUAACAGUCUUUCGAACAUAUAGCCCGUCAGCGAGGCACUGACACCGGUCUUCAACCAAUUGCAAACCGUACGACGUUGUCUCAAGGAGGUCCAGAAGUUUGGUAUUCAGGACGACAGAGAAUUGUACCCCUACAGCAUGAAGGUACGUAAAGCCCUUUAACCAACCUCACUUCUGAGUAUGGGGAGCACUCGACUUGGUAGCCUGGCCUAACCGGUCGACGACAUUAGUUGGCUUCAAUCGAGAACAUGAGGGUAGAUGGCAGGUUCAUGGUCGGGAACGAUAUCCCAGAAGGUCAAGGAAGAGUCAAUUCGUUGUUGGCUGAAUGCUUCGAAAUCUGUCACGAGCUUAGAACAAACGGCCAAACCGCUGGAGACCAAUGAUGUUAAGCGCCAAACCUGUCUGCACUCUUCCAGAGGGUUGAAGUUCGCCUCCACCUCUCUCUGCCUUUCACUUUACCCAGGUUUGAGUGUGAAUCAUGUGGAUGAUAACUUAAUGGUUGUUGUUUUUUGUGUGGAUAUCAGGCGCUAUUUCAAAGGGGGUGGGUGGAUUGCUGUUGAUUGAGCUUGGUACCGGUAUGUACAGUACUCUGCAGUAGGAUAGGGUUCGGUAAAGGAAACAAAAAGAAGUAUUAUGGC